AAUCACAAUCCAACCCACGCCAUUGCAACCAAAUUUCCAAUACACAAAACAGCAGAAACUCUAGUGAUCACAAGCUCAGCUCAGCUCAGCUCCCUCCUUCUCCCCGGAGAAGCAGCGGCCGGCACGGCAGCAAUGGAGACCCUCCUCUCCCCCUCCACAUUGCUCUCCCCUCUCCGCGGCUCCAAGAAGAAGCCGGCGAGCCCCGCCGCGUCGGCGUCGUCGUCGUCGUCGUCUCCCGCCAGGUCCGUCGUCUCCUGCGCGCUCAGGAGGCAGCAGCCGCCGCCGCAGGCGGUCGCCGCUUGGCGCGGAGACGGCGGCCGCGGUGGCGGCGUCGGGAGCUGGGCGACGUUCUUGCAGCACGGCCUGGCCGCGGCGGCGCUGUCGCUGGCAAUCAGCAUGGCGCCGGCGCCCGCGCCGGCCGUGGCGUCGGAGUUCGACGUGCUGAACGGCGGGCCGCCGGAGGACACGUACGUGGUGGACGACGCCGGCGUGCUCAGCCGCGUGACCAAGUCCGACGUGAAGCGGCUCGUCCGCGACCUCGAGUCCCGCAAGAACAUCAGGAUCAACUUCAUCACCGUGCGCAAGCUCACGAGCAAAGCUGACGCGUUCGAGUACGCGGACCAAGUGCUGGAGAAGUGGUACCCGACGGUGGAGGAGGGCAACAACAAGGGCAUCGUCGUGCUCGUCACCAGCCAGAAGGAGGGCGCCAUCACCGGCGGCCCGGCCUUCGUGCAGGCCGUCGGCGACGAGAUCCUCGACUCCACCGUCUCCGAGAACCUCCCAGUGCUGGCGACGGACGAGAAGUACAACGAGGCAAUCUACACGACGGCGAAGCGGCUGGCGGCGGCGAUCGACGGGCUGCCGGACCCCGGCGGGCCGACGUUCAAGGACAACAAGAGGGAGUCCAACUUCAAGACGAAGGAGGAGACGGAGGAGAAGCGCGGCCAGUUCACGCUCGUCGUCGGCGGCCUGCUCGUCAUCGCCUUCGUCGUGCCCAUGGCGCAGUACUACGCCUACAUCUCCAAGAAGUGAACAGCAGCGGCUACCUGUUCUUUCCAACAAAAAAAGAGAGAAAAAAUGAGCAGCAUAUGGUGCUGCUCUGUACAGUAAAUUUGCUCAGGAGAUGGCUAAAUCUCCCGGUUUUCUGUCGGAAUUUUAGAGGCGAAACAGAGAAUUAUGAUGAACACAGGUGCACCACCGUGCCGGUUAAUUUUUAUUGUAGUAGCAUAACUGAGGCACUGAGCAAUUAGGUGCAAAUCAGCACUUCCUUACCCCGA